UGAAGUGUUCCUUUAUGUAAAUGAAGUGAGUUAGAGAACUGAAGUGUUCCUUUAUGUAAAUUAAGUGAGUUAGAGAACUGAAGCGUUCCUUCUUUCUGUAAAUUAAGUGAGUUAGAGAACUGAAGUCUUCCUUUAUGUAAAUUAAGUGAGUAAGAGAACCAUAAAUUAAUGUUGUUUUGUUCUGUAGAGAACUCUGGAGGAACAGAUGGAGAACCACAGAGAAGUUCAUCACAAACAGCUGAGUCGGCUACGCGACGAGAUUGAGCAGAAGCAUAGAGACGUCGACCAACUCAAAGAUGGGAAUCAGGCUCUACAGCUGGAGAACCGGAAGCUUAAGUCUGAUUUUGACAAACUUAAAGCUGAGGAUCAGAACAAAGGCCAGAAACUUCAGAAACUGCUGUUCCUGAAUGAGAAGAGAGAACAAGCCAAAGAGGACCUGAAGGGUCUGGAGGAGACUGUGGCCAAAGAGCUGCAGACGCUGACCACCCUCCGUAAAGUCUUCAUCCAAGACCUCGGCACUCGAGUCAAGAACGUAAGAAAACCAGACAGUUCCUCUCAGCAUUAAAUCCACCAAUAACAACAUCUACAAAACUUCACAGAGAACAUUAUCUUAGAAAAUGAGUGAUUAAUGAAAGUAUUUAGCUUCGGAACAACCAUCCAAAGUACAACCUGCAGGUUUCACCUCCUCUGCCAAAGUGUGGGUGCAGGGUUGGGGGUGAUUGUGAAUUACUAUAAAGGCAGGAGGCAGGACCAUGGUUCAGGUAAAACCACGAUCCAUGGAAACCUGUGAGGAGAGAUAGCACAAAGACUCUGAGGAAGAAGCAAAGUUAUUAAUGUGCAUUAAUGGGACAAGAAUAUAUACAGAAGCAGAGUAAGAGGAGAGAGGAGCUCAGUGUACCAUAGGAAGUCCUCCAGCAGUCUGGGUCUAUAGCAGCAUAUCUAGGGGCUGGACUAAGGCAAACCUGCGUCAGCCCUAACUAUAAACGUGAACCAGCCCUAACUAUAAACCUGCACCAGC